GAUAACACACACGAACAAAUAUGUUCUACCAUCUUGAAAUUCUCUUUUCUACCAUUUCUGGCUGACUCGUGAGUACGUUUACACGUGAGGCCAAAAUGUCGUCGCACUUAAAUUGGAUGAUAAUCCGUGACAACAACGCUUUUCUUCUGAAGAAACGGAAUAUCAAGAAGCCGUUCUCAACGGAAUCGAACAACUUGACGAAUUUGAAUAGUUACCGUUAUAAUGGUUUGAUUCAUCGCAAAAGCGUGGGCAUUGUCGAUACUCCUGACAAGAAGGGAUUCACAGUUGUCUACAAGAAGGCUAAGGCAGUCAACAAGCCUGCCAAAGCUACUGUAAAGAGCACAAUGAAAGCUGGAGCUCGUCGGUCUCUUCACAAGCUAAAAACUUUGCUUACAAAAAAUAAAUAUCGUGUAGAUCUUAGUAAGGCUGCGUUGCGAAGAGCUAGCGCUGUACUAAGAUCUCAGAAACCUCUUCCUACUAAGAAAACACGAACAACUAAAAAAGCCGAUUAAUUUGUAUCUUUCAUUAAAUAUAUGUUGUAAUGUAAUUUUU